UGUUAUAUAUAAUGUUCCAUUGGCUAUGUUUAAUUUUAAAAAAUGUUCCGGAAACAAUUUUAGCAUAUAAGGCUGGCACGCUACAAUCAUACCGGGGCACCUUUGUCGAUGUUUAUCGGGAGAAAAACAUCGCGAGCAGAGAAAAUGGCAUCGAAGAUAUUCAAGCUUUUGUUGAUUAUACAUAUUGUGGUGCUUUGUGUCUGUGCUAAGAGUAUCGAAAACUCCAAAGGAACGGAUAAGGAGGCAGAAAGUCCAAAGUUGGUGUCAAACAAACUCAAAGAUUCCGAAAAAAUUCUAUGGCCAUUAAUUUGGGAUUCAAAAAAUCCGAAGUUGGUGUCAAACAACCUCAAAGAUUCCGAAAAAAUUCUAUGGCCAUUAAUUUGGGAUUCAAAAAAUCCGAAGUUGGUGUCAAACAACCUCAAAGAUUCCGAAAAAAUUCUAUGGCCAUUAAUUUGGGAUUCAAAAAAUCCGAAGUUGGUGUCAAACAACCUCAAAGAUUCCGAAAAAAUUCUAUGGCCAUUAAUUUGGGAUUCAAAAAAUCCGAAGUUGGUGUCAAACAACCUCAAAGAUUCCGAAAAAAUUCUAUGGCCAUUAAUUUGGGAUUCAAAAAAUCCGAAGUUGGUGUCAAACAACCUCAAAGAUUCCGAAAAAAUUCUAUGGCCAUUAAUUUGGGAUUCAAAAAAUCCGAAGUUGGUGUCAAACAACCUCAAAGAUUCCGAAAAAAUUCUUUGGCCAUUAUUUUGGGAUUCAAAAAAUCCGAAGUCGGUGUCAAACAACCUCAAAGAUUCCGAAAUGAUUUGAUAUAGUUUAAAUUCAAACUAUUCCGAGGACCUGAUGUACAUGCAACUAUGGAUAACCCCUGAUUCAGUUAACUGCUCAAUUUAAUCACAGACAUUCAAAAAGAUUUGAUUCUAUAAUAUUUUUGAUCAAUUAUAUUCGUGUAUUCAGAGGCUUAAAUAUAUAUCCCAGAAUAAUAUACAAUGCAUCGAA